AUGGUUAAAAAGAAAAGUGGAAGAACUCUUAAUCCGGCUGAUGCACAUCGAAAAGCGAUACGUCAGAAAGAGAUCAAGAAGAAUAAAGUUGAAAGGAAAAGAGUAAGAACUCUUGUUAUGGUGCACAAAGAUACGUCAAAACUCGAAGAGGAAAUAACACGUUAUAGAACUUUAGACAAAGAAAAAUGGCUGGAUAAAAAUGGAAAAGUCAAAUUAAAAGAGCUGGAAGAAAAAUUUUCAAAAAUAGUAGAAACUAAAAAAGCACACGGAGUUUCCGUAACUAAAGAUAAACCAAAAGAUCAUACUGCUACUGUGUUUUAUCAUCCAACCCUAAAUCCUUCUGGAUUACCACCAACGACUGAUGCUGGAAGUUUGCAAUCAAAAUCUACUGAAGAUUCUACAACAGAUGAUGAAGGAAGCCUCACUGAUAGUGAUGAAAGUACUGAUUAUUUAUCUGAUCAUGAUGAAAAUUCAGAAGAAAUUGAUAAUACAGAUAUACCUUUACCUCCUGGUUCACCACCAAAGAAAACCAAUGAAACAUCAGAUAAUGAUGACGACAAAUUACCAGAAUUACCACCCGGGCCACCACCUUCAAAAAAACAAUUUGAAAUUAUUAGUAGUGAUGAAAAAGAUGAUGAAGGCCCACUAAAUAAUCAAAGACAAAAUAUGAGACUACCACCAAAUUCAUUUCUUACUGGAACCGGUCCUAAUCAUUUUGGAAGACUGCCGCCGCCACCACCACCUAUACAUGGACAAGUAUUUGCAUCGCAUUCACACAAUACACCAGUAUCAAGGCCACCACCAUUUAGUACAAAAUUUUUACAUUAUGUUAUUCAGGCCGAACCUCAAGUUCGUAAUUUACAAAAAGAAUUGACAACCUUAAUACCAGCCACAUUAUUACGAAAAAAGGCUGUAUCUAAUAAACCAAAGGUUAUUAGACCAUUGGUAAACACUGCACCAAAUAUUGAUGAUGGUUUAGUAACAGAAAUAACCUCUUCUUCAUCUACUUCUUCAUUUACAAUACCCACUAAAAGACCAUCAUCUCCAUCUGAAUUUGGGAAAAUUUUCAUGCUUGUCAAAAAUACAACUACCGAAGGAAUAGAAACAAUUGUAGUAAUUGAUCCAGAAAAGUCUUCAUUUUCCUCUUCGUCUUUCAUUAAUGCUAUUGCUUCUAAUACUUCUAAUAAUAAUAACCAAACAACUGCUAUGGAUGGUAUUAUACACAAUAGUGUACAAAAGGUACAAGAACAACAACAAAUACCAAAAGAUUCAUUGUAUUCGUCUUCAUUUUCCAAUUCGAAUACACUCGAUGAUGCUCAAAUGAACACUCUGUAUAAAAAACGACCCAAAGAACAAAAUAAUAAUACAGUAACUAGCAAAAAGAUUUAUCAUGUUGAGUCAUUAAAUCCUGAAUUACAACAAAUCAUAUUGGUUUUUAAGAAUGAAGUAUCAAAAGAAAGCUUUCAGAAUAAAUCAAGAUUUCCGGAAAGUCUCAAACCCAUUCUGGUUAAAUUAUUGUCUAAAGCAUAUGAGCUCGGUGGAUUUAAUGAAAAUCUUUUCAAAAUGUUGACAAACAUUCUUCCUUACAAUAAAUUCACCAUAACAGUAAUUGAAGCAUUCAUUAUGGGUGGAGGUCUUAAAAAUAUGAUUGAAAAAGAUCCAAGAUGUAUGUCAACUAAUUUGUAUAACUUAGUAAAUGAUAGGAAUUUUUGGGCAAAUGUUGAAUGCCUUACAAAUGUAUUAUCACCUGCAAAAAAGGCUGUUAAAUGUAUAGAAUCUACAAACUCCACUUUGGCAGAUAUUUUUUUAAUCCUCAUUCAAAUGGCUGCCACAAUAAAACAGUUGCCAAUAAGUGACUCUACAGAAUUUUUUCAUUCAGUGAUACGUACAGCGUUAGAAGUAUGGAAAAAUUUAGGAGGUGGAGAUAGAAGUGCACAAGUCCUAAUCACACAAAUAAAAAAUUAUGAUUCUUUCACUUUCCCUUAUCAUUAUCCAUAUGUAGAGGAAUCAGAAUGUCCAAAAACAUGGUGGAUUUCUUGCAAACAACAACAUCAUCAUUUACAACGUCUUGCAUUGUAUACUUUAGCAAUUGUUCCUCAUAGUGCAAACUGUGACCGUUUAUUUUCUGUAUUAAAAAUAGAGGAUUCUUUUUAUUUGUCAGAUUUUAAUGAACCUUAUGAAAGAGAAAAUUUUAAUAGACCAUUAGAAGAUAUAGAAGAUCAUGGUGAUCCUGAUUAUAAUAUAGAUGAUAUUAUAAAUAAAAUAAAAUUGUGUUUUUAA